AUGCCACCUAAAGCAGAGAAAGAAUUUUGGAAUGACGAUCAUACUCGUGAAGUCAUUCGAGGUAUUAUCAAAUCGACUCUUUCGAAUCGAUCAGAGAUAUACUCCUAUCCUGCUCUUUCUGGCGUAUCAGAUAAUGGUGGAGACAGGAUAAACAAGAAGAUCCAACAAAUCCUGAAGAAACUCUGUGACACUUAUCCUGGUUUUCAAGGUAUGGUAGAAGAAGAGGUGAAAAAUAUGGCAAAAGGUAAAUCAACUGGUAAUGGUACUCCUUCACCUAAGAAAAACGGAAGUACUCCGAAGAAAAGAAAAGUCAAGGACGAAGAUGAUGAUUAG